AUGGCUGCUCCGAAGAAGCCUCUGAUGCUAAUUUUGAUAAUAUUUUUCGAUAUUUUUGUAAGCGAAAAUGUUGCUGAAGGCGUCACCAGGGAGGAAGCCGAGCAGCUGCGAGAUGAGGUGCGUGAGAUGUUUUAUCAUGCAUUUGAUGGAUACAUGGAGCAUGCAUUUCCACAUGAUGAAUUGAAGCCCUUAUCGUGCGGAGGUGAAGAUACACUUGGAGGAUAUGCAUUAACAUUGAUUGAUUCAUUGGACACACUGGCUUUGUUUGGCGAUCAAGAGCGGUUUUCUACAUCUGUUGAAUGGAUUGGUAAAAAUCUUCGAUUUGAUAUUAAUAAGACUGUAUCUGUAUUUGAAACUACAAUAAGGAUACUUGGAGGCCUACUCUCUACUCAUCUCAUUGCCAGCGAUUAUAAGACGGGAAUGAGUGUACCCUCAUAUGAUGAUGAAUUACUUAACUUGGCGGAGGAUUUAGCCCGUCGAAUGCUACCUGCAUUCGAUACUCCAACAGGAAUUCCUUUUGGGUCAGUAAAUCUUAUGCAUGGAGUAGAUGAAAAUGAAAGCAAGGCAAACCCUCUUUGGAUUCUCUUCACCCUCUUAACGUACUAUAUAUUUCCUAUAUCAAUAACAUCAACAGCUGGUGGUGGAACCCUGACAUUGGAAUUUGGGGUACUCAGCCGCUUGAUAAAUGAUCCUAUUUUUGAACAGGUCACCAAGAAUGCAGUUCGAGGACUGUGGGCUCGUCGUUCAAAAAUUAACCUUCUUGGUGCCCAUAUUGAUGUUUUUUCUGGUGAAUGGACUCAGAAGGACGCUGGAAUAGGAACUAGUAUAGACUCUUUCUAUGAGUAUCUGCUGAAGGCUUAUAUAUUAUUUGGUGAUGAAGAGUAUCUUUUCAUUUUCCAAGAAGCAUACAGAGCUGCUAUGCUCUAUCUGUUUAAUGAUCCUUGGUAUGUGGAGGUAAACAUGAAUUCUGCUGCCCUUGUUUGGCCAUUAUUUAAUAGCCUGCAGGCUUUCUGGCCUGGACUUCAGGUACUUGCUGGGGAUAUUGAGCCUGCAAUUAGAACUCAUUCUGCCUUCUUUAGUGUCUGGAAGCGGUAUAAUUUCACUCCAGAGGGUUUCAAUCUGGCCACUUUCAAAGUGCAGCAAGGUCAGAAAAGCUACCCAUUACGUCCAGAACUAAUCGAAAGCACGUAUUGGUUGUACAAAGCUACACGAAACCCCAGAUAUCUUGAUGUCGGACGAGAAAUGCUUGCCAGUUUACAGUUGGCUCGAUGCACAUGCGGAUAUUGUCAUAUAUCGGAUGUUGAGUUUCACCAGCAUGAAGAUCACAUGGAAAGCUUCUUCUUAGCUGAGACUGUUAAAUACCUUUGGUUGCUAUUUGAUUUGGCUGCUGGUCCAGAUAACCUAGUUGAGACUGGCCCAUACAAAUAUAUCUUCAGCACUGAAGGCCACUUACUUCCCGCAACUCCACCUAUAUCUUUAGCAAGUGGAAAUUCUUCAUACCUUGGAGCAUACUGUAAAAGUCGCUACCCGGGACAAGAAAUAUGUGCUUCAGAUAAUAUAAACGACUAUGGUUUUCAAAAUAGUUCAGAAUCUUUUACAGAUGCCAUGAAUUAUUUAGUUCAUCCCAGUUUCCAAAACUCGGCUGCCUCGAGACUAUUUAAGGGGUUCUUAACUCAGGGACAAAUCUAUGGCCUGUCAUAUGUCAUCUUAGAUCAAAAUCCUGCACUCGAGUUGCCAAGUGGCCCUACAGAGGACGAUGACGUGGCGAGCAAUUCACCUGAUUUACUAGUUUCAAACCAGAGCUCUGAAAAUUCUCCACUAACUGAUGUUGAUCAUGAUCCAGAAGAUAAUCACAGAGCAGCACCCCUUCUUCUGGAAAUUAGAACUCCAGAAAUUUAUGAUCAUGAUAACGAACCAAGCGGCCCUACAGAGCAUGAUGGUGUUGUGGAAAAUUCACCUGAUUUAGUAGUUUCAAUUAACAGCCCUGAAAAUUCUCCACCGACUGAUGUCGAGCAUGAUCCACAAGAUAAUCAUGGAGCACCUCUUCUGGAGAUUAGACCUCCGGAAUUUUUUGUCAAUGAUAACGAGUUGCCAAGCGGCCCUACAGAGGAUGAUGAUGUGGUGGACAAUUCACUUGAUUUAGUAGUUUUGAACCAGAGCUCCGAAGAUUCUCCACUGACUGUUGUCGGUCAUCAUCCACAAGAUAAUCAUAGAGCACCCCUUCUGGAAAUUAGAACUACAGAAACGUUAGUUAACGAUACAAACGAGAAGACUGAGGUGACCGAGAGCUAA